AGCGCGCGGGGAAAACGCGUCACUUCCGGCGCGGCGGCUGGGGUCGGGGGCGGCGGAGCGCGCGUGUGCGAGGGACCCCCCCCCCCCCGCCGGACAGGCCCCGCCAUGGCCUCCGUCACGAUGGCCACCUCGGAGUGGAUCCAGUUCUUCAAGGAGGCCGGCAUCCCGCCCGGGCCCGCCGUCAACUACGCCGUCAUGUUCGUGGACAACAGGAUCCAGAAGAGCAUGCUGAUGGACUUGAACAAGGAGAUCCUGAACGAGCUGGGAGUCACGGUGGUUGGGGAUAUCAUCGCAAUCCUCAAGCAUGCCAAAGUAGUUUACAGGCAGGAGAUGUGCAAGGCAGCCACAGAAUCUGUCGCCUCCAGCCAAACCACAGCACAGUCUGAACUCCGCCGGAAUGCCACUAGUGCUGCCAGCAGGAUGAUUGCAAACAGCCUCAGCCGGGACUCGCCACCUUCCACUCCGGUUCGAAGACCAGACAGCAAUGCUUCAAAGAUCUCCAUCACAGUGUCCAACAAACUGGCAGUGAAGAAUGUCAAAGCAGCUCUGGGCAGCGCAGGAGAUGAGACUCCCACCACAGCCCCAGUGAAGCGCCGCCGGGUCACAGCCGAGAUGGAAGGGAAGUACGUUGUCCACAUGCCCAAGGGCACCACACCCAAGACCAAGAAGAUCCUGGAGCAGCAGGCGGCCAGAGCUUUCCCGUCACUCUUGUGUGGUGUGUUCUGUUGUUCAAAGUUAGCUCUCUCAACCUCACCCUGUGCCCCGUGUCUGGUUUCAGGUUUACAGAGAACCUCUGUGUUCGACCGACUAGGUGCAGAAACCAAUGCUGACACCACCACAGGAAACAAGCCUACGGGAGUGUUCAGCCGGCUGGGGGAUAUGCAGGAGGCAGAAGAGGACAAAGCGGCCGAGAGCGAGGAGGACGACUGCUCUGCCCUGCAGUACGCCGGGGUACUGAAGAAACCCUUCAGGCCUUCCACACCCAAGGAGUGCGCCAAGGCUGGGGUGGCCAUCAAGGCCAAAGCCACCAGCUCUGAAGCCCAGCAGCUGGGGAGCAAAAACCCCGUCAAACCCUCGGCUCCCAGCAAGGGAAAGGUGCUGGAGCCUCCCUCCCGAGGACGUGUGGCCAAGAGGCUGAGCAAACGGCCCCUGCCCGAAGAAGCCCAGGACAGCAGCGUCACUAGCUCCAGGAGCAGGCCUGAAUCGGACCUGCAAGUCACCAUCCAGAGGACUUUGGGCAGUGCCAAGGUAAGCAGCACCUCGGAAGGCCACAGCGCCCAGAUGGACAACACGGGGACAGUCAGCGUCUUUAAACGGCUGGGCAGAAAGACAGUGUGACCGUUUUGGCUGCUGGUGCCUUUUGGGGUACGCGCCUCUGCUUUUUCUUCACAAGCAUGCGUGUGGGGCCCUGCUUGGAGGAGACAACUUGAAUUUGAUGUUUAUAAGUCCUCCUCUCCAAUUAACACAAAUGGUUUCUGGCACUAUUUCUGGGCUAGUUAGUCUUUGUGCUUCUGUGAAGCUCCUGGUCAGUCUUCCAGCUGCUCUGCUCCUGGGUGGGUGGGUGAGUGGGGGACCUCAACCCCCCGUGUGCAGAGUUGAGUCUCUUGUGUAUCUGAAUGGGCACCGCUCAGUAGUGUGCACACUUGAGCUCUGACCUGGGCAUCAAGCUAAACGUGACUUGGGCAGGGAUGAGGACAGGAGGGUCCGGGCAUGGGAGCUCCCAUCUAGGUCCUGCCAGGCCUUUGUGGCAGCGGUAGACUGCACUGAACACACCUUUCUCUGUGUCUGUUGUUUCCCUUCCUCUGCAGGUCCUUGCUCUUUCCUAGGAUGUAGAGGUGUCUCAAAGGGCUCCAGGUGCACUGGGCUUGCGAGAUGCUGUAGCUUCCUCUUCCUCUUCCUCUUGCCCUUCCUUCCUCCUUUCCCCUGAACUUUCAUCUCUUGCGUCCUGGUACAUUUGUAUUCCAGGAAGGGCAACUGAACACGUACCAGAAAUUCUUCUUGCUGGAUACAGCCAGCAGAGCCCCAGUUCCAAAACAGUCCUACUUUGGUUUUUUGUUCCAGAAACACGGGCGCCUUUAUGCCAGAGAGAAAUAUUGGAAACAUUUUAUGCGCCCUUUUUUGGUAUUGGUCAGAAUUGUUUGCUGGGCUGAUUCUGCCUUUCCAGCCCAGAUUCCACAUACAAGCCCUUCUGUGUUGUCAGGGAAAGGGGCGAGGUCUCCCCCCCCCCUCAAGUCGCUUGAGUGUCUAGCUGAGGAGGUGCCCCUCCGCAAUCCAACUAGUGGCACCGAGAUCUGAGAUGCUAGUAGUUGCCUUGGAGACCCUUGACCUUUUCUGUGCUGUAGAACACCAGAUAGUUAGCGGCACAUGAGGGAGAAGCCAAGGGUUGCAGUAUUGUGAUGGAGCCUGCUCUGGCUUGGGCUGCUUGAUUCUUCCCCAGUCACCAAAUAUCUGUUAAGCAGGGUUUUUAGACUACUUCAUUGAGAGUGAAGAGUGGUCAGUGCAGUGACCUUUUUGCAAGCGCCUUGCCGUGCAAAUGCAUCUGCCCAGGGGGAACUUGGCGGUCAGAAUGGAGUGUAGUCCACGGGCAACCAAAUGGGAACUGCUCCAAGGGUCCUUCUAGGCCCCUGUUCGUCUACCAGGUAAUUGUAGCCAAAGAUGGAAGGGUAGGAGGAAGAAACGUGCUCAUUCCCUGCCUUGAUCUGAAAAAUGGGGUUGUGCCCGUCUCUGGAGGGAGGGGGCUCAAGCCCACUUGUUUGUGGUCAUGCUGUUACCAGCCUGUAUCGAAAGUCCAUGGCUGGCUAGCUGGGAGUCCCCCAGAGAUAAGAGGAAAGAGAGAAGAUUGCUGCAGCUUUCAUCUUAGGUCUAUCCCAAGUCUUCUUUGACCAGCUCUCCGCAUCCCAUCAUAAUUCCCAGGACUGGCUUCAGAUCGGUUCCUAAACAAGGGAUACGCCCUGCCUGUGGUGCCUUUAUGAUUGUUUCAUUUCCAACUUUGGGGCAUUUACUGCAGAGGAGGAAAUUUUGCUUUUCUGUUUUACUUCAAAAAUGAAAGGACAUUAUUUAACUUCUAAUAUUUUAAUGAGUUUAACUGAGAACCUUUUUGGAACAGUAACAUGACUGUUAAUGGUGUGUGUGUGUAUUUUAAAAAGACUGUAAAUGCAAGUGGAUGUGAUUUGGAUUUUGGUAGCUGGCGAGGGGCUGGAGAUGUGCAGCUCUGUGGUCUGAGUUGGCCUGUCCCCCUCUUGCCUGUUGGGAGGUGUGAGUGGCCUUGCAAUAAAGUGUGUCACUGCGGGCCUCGUCUGAGACUGGA